AUCUGCAGAAAGGUAAAGUUUUGAUAAUUGCCUGUGCCAAUGCUGAUUAUGAAGAAAAUGUGCUGAAAAGUCUGUAUGAAAUGAUGAAAGUUGUAAAAUUUCCCAUUCCAAAAAUCAAAGAAAGAGCUGAAAUUUUUUCGCUUUUAUUAAAGAACAAGAAACACAGUAUGUCAUCUCAAGAAAUAGAGCAGUGUAUCGAGUCCUCGCAUGGCUUCACUGGAAAAGAUUUGGUAGAUUCUCUUGUGAAUGCUCAUAUUUUUGCAUGUGCAAGAGUAGGUGAAAUUUCUAAAGUUGAAAAUGUUGAAAUAAUAUUUCAAGACGUAAAAGAAGCAUUUAUGCGAAGAAAGAGGAAUAUUGUUGCUUCUAGUGAUAUGACUGUUAAAAAGGUUUGUUGGAAUGACAUUGGCGGUAUGCACGAUGUGAAAGAAAAAUUGAAGUACAUUGUAGAAAUGCCACUUAAAUAUCCUGAAAGCUAUAAACGAGUUGAUGUUGCUCCCCCUCGAGGAGUACUGCUGUAUGGACCACCUGGAUGUUCAAAAACUAUGAUAGCAAAAGCUUUAGCCACUGAAAGUAAUUUGAAUUUCAUUUCAAAAAAUACUUCUGAUCUUUUUAAUAAAUAUGUUGGAGAAUCGGAGAGAGCUGUACGUGAUUUAUUUGCUGCAGCUAAAGCAAGAAGCCCAUGUAUUAUAUUCUUAGAUGAAAUUGAUGCUCUUGUUUCUGAGAGAGGAAGUGGCUCUGGUGUUGGGGAUAGAAUUGUUACAACUCUUCUCACUGAAAUAGAUGGUACUGAAGAACUCCGCGAUGUCAUUGUAAUAGCUGCAACAAACAGGCCUGAUAUGUUGGAUGAUGCUCUGGUGAGAAGUGGAAGGAUUAGUGAUUUUAUUUAUGUACCUUUACCUGAUCAAGAAGCAAGAGAAGAGAUACUUAGGAUACAAAUGAGAAACAGAGUUAUCCAUGAUUUAGAUUUUAAAUAUCUGUCUUUGAAAAUGGAAGGCUACACUGGAGCAGAAAUUGUUAACUUGUGCAAUGAAGCUGUUUUUCAACUUUUAGCGGAAGAUCCUGAUGCAAUGUCUCCAGUUUUCAAAUUGAGACAUUUUGAAAAGGCUUUACAGUGUAUACCUCCAAGAACAAGUAAAGAGAUGAUUGCAUUUUAUGAAAACUUUAAUUCAAAGCACAGUUCUAGAUAUGAAAGAAAAUGAAUGUAUUCUUGCUAUGAUUUUAUAAUUUGAAUUGAAACAUCAAUAUCCUCUUUUCAUUUUGUUUUUCAUUAUCAUUUUUAGUGAUAAAUUAGUAUCUAAAUCUCUAAUUGACGUAAGUAUUUUAGGGGGGGGAAUGGCUUAAGUUGAGCAAUAUUGAUAUGGGUAGUGUAUGCAGAAUUUUGAGAUAAUUUAAUUAUGAAACAACGUUUUGUAGUGUAUGCAAUUACCUUGCCUUAUGUGUUGUUAUAAUGUAGGUUCUAUUAGUAAAGCUUCUGAAAUUGAAAUUUUAAAUUUGUUCAUUUUAUAGACAUAUAUAGUUUUGCUGCCUUGAAAGGGAUCAAAAUGUUUGCAGAUUUUAAUAUCUGCUUCAGAAUGUAGAGAAUGCUUCAACAAAUAUUAAUAAGAUAAAAAAUAUGAUAGCGAACUUCUAAAUUUAAUUCACUAUAACCUCUUUCAUUUUUUAUUUCAUAUGGGAACUUCAUCUAUCUGACCUAAAAAUAGCGCUGUAAGUCUAA